AGUGGCCACACCCUGUGUCCUUCUGACCUGCCAGACUCUGUGACUUCCUCCAUCUGCACAGCCAGGACCUGGGGAGGAGAUGCCAUGACCCCCACCCUCACGGCCCUGCUCUGCCUUGGGCUGAGUCUGGGCCCCGGGACCCGAGGGCAGCAAGGGACACUCCCCAAGCCCACCCUGUGGGCUGAGCCAGGCUCUGUGAUCACCUUGGGGAGGCCAGUGACCCUCUGGUGUGAGGGGACCCUGGAGGCCCAGGAGUACCAUCUGGAGAAAGAUGGAAGACCAGUGCCCUGGGACAGACAGAUCCCACAGAAGACCAGGAACAAGGCCAAGUUCUCCAUUCCAACCAUGACUGAGCACCAUGCAGGGCGAUAUCAAUGCCACUAUCACAGCCCUGCUGGCUGGUCAGAGCACAGUGACACCCUGGAGCUGGUGGUGACAGGAUUCUACAGCAAACCCAGGCUCUCAGCCCUGCCCAGCCCUGUGGUGACCUCAGGAGGGAACGUGACCCUCCAGUGUGGCUCACGGCAGGGAUAUGGCAGGUUUGUUCUCACUAAGGAAGGAGGACACAAGCUCACCUGGACCCUGGACUCACAGCAAGACCACCAUGGGCAGUUCCAGGCCCAGUUCCCUGUGGGCCCCGUGACCCCCAGCCACAGGUGGACAUUCACAUGCUAUGGCAGUUACAGGAGAACCCCCCAGUUGUGGUCAGUUCCCAGUGACCCCCUGGAGCUCCAGGUCUCAGGGCUGUCCAGGAAGUCCUCCCUCCUGACCCAGCACAGCCCAGUCCUGGACCCUGGACAGAACCUGACCCUCCAGUGUCACUCAGACAGUGGCUAUGACAGAUUUGCUCUGUCCAAGGAGGGUGGACAGGACCUUCCCCAGCUCCCUGGCCAGCAGCUCCAGGCUGGGCUGUCUCAGGCCACUUUCCUUCUGGGCCCUGUCAGUGGCUCCCAUGGGGGGUUGUACAGAUGCUACGGUGGACACAGGCUCUCCUCUGAGUGGUCAGCCCCCAGUGACCCCCUGGACAUCCUGGUCACAGGACAGCUCCCUGCCUCACCCUCCCUCUCAGUGCAGCCGGGUCCCACAGUGUCCUCAGGAGAGAACGUGACCUUGCUGACUCAGUCACAUUGCCCGAUGGACACUUUCCUUCUGGUCAAGGAGGGGGCAGUUGACCCCCAGCCCUGUGUUUAAGACCCCAGGCAGAGUUCUCCACUAGGGCUGUGAGCUCACCCUGACUGGGUGGGGACCUACAGGGACUGUUUCUGUCCCGCCCAGUUCUCCCUGGGAGGCCAGCUUUCUGGGAAAAUCUCUCCCUCUGGCCCUGAGUUCCCCAUCUACACGAGGGGAGCUGGCUGGCCCUGAGGACCAGUGCCCUCGCUCCUGCCCCUGGGCGGCUUGGCGGGUGGGUCCUGGGUCAGCUUC